AAAAAAACUAAAACUGGACGGCCGGGUUGUGUAAAGCUUUUUCCCAUGCGGCAGCUCCGCCGUGAAAAAAAAAAAGAAAAUAUAUUUUUAAGAUGAGUGCCUUUAAUUUUAUUUUUGUUCUUGUUGUUGUUGUCUUGGUUUUUGUUGUCGGCAUAACGCUGUCCGGAGGAAUGUCUCUUCUGUUUUUAUUUUUCACGAACUUAAGGCGCGGUGGCGCUCAUUUCUCGUCUCUUGACACCAUUUCAGUUCGCUCCGCUUAACUUAAAUUGCUCAUUGCCGCGCUACGUCGCUACCGCCACCCUUUCGAUGAUGGAGUGAGGAAUCCCUCAUCAUCAGCGUAUGCUGCUCUUAUAGGGUUAGAAAGAAACGAAGCAGCGAAAAAAUAAAAAUGAAGAAGAUGCGUGAACGAUUUGACUAUCUCCUCCUACCGCCGACCACUCCCCUCUAUACAAAGAGAGAGCGAACAAGUUGAAGACUUCUAGUUGUGUUGAGUUAGGUGAGAGUCUUUCUCAAUCGAGGAUAGUAGUCAGCGUUUCAGCCGAUGGUUGUCUAAUUUUAAUUGUUUGAUCAUUUGCGGGGGGGUUUCGAAAAAAGAAAAAAGAAAAUCAUAAUAAUCAGUUCGUGGUGUUAGGUUGUUGUUGUUAUCCGAAAGAAAAUCAUAAUAAUCAGUUCGUGGUGAUAGGUUGUUGUUGUUAUCCGAGCUGUGCCUUUACUUGCGUAUCUAUAUGCGGUUGGCUGCUUUGUUUAGUUGGCCCGUCGGUUUUGUGCUCCUAGGGUUUGGUUGGGUUGGCAGUGUGCGGCGCGUAUAUAAAAGAAGUUCGAGCUCGUUUGAAAAAAGCCCACACCAGUCGAGCCGGUCUGGUCGUCAGAGAGCGACGUCUCUCUAAAAUCGUCCCGUGCGUUUUUGCUGUUUACUAUUUUUUUUUUUUUUUUUUUAAACUUAAAAGUGUGUGUGUGUGUGAAAUUGAACUGAGCUUGGAUAAUUGAAUCAGUUACAAGAAUAACAUCCAACUUUUGAUUUAUUGAAAAAGAAGGGAGAAAAAAGACUGGCGCCAUGAAUUUUUCGUCGGGACUCACGUGACGCUUGUCUCUUUAUUUCAAUUUCAAAAAAAAAAAAAGGGGGACAGAAAAAAAUAAAAUAAAGAAAGAAAUUGAAAAAGAGGGAACCCAGUGAUCGUUUACGUUCAACACCUACUGAGCAAUGCGUGAUCCGGGAUCGUGACAUUCCUUUCGCGGUGCUUCUCUAUUUAUAUUCAACUCUGAAUAAGUCGGUGAAUAUAAAUGACUUAAAUGAAUACCUGAGAUCGUAAUGUCCCCGUCGUCUACAGUGUGACGAAAGGGCGUGGCGGCACCCAUUUCGUUCUUUCUAUACCAAGUGAAAAAAAAAAUUAAGUGCCCGUCAGGAAAACCCCCCCAAUCCUUUUAAAAAUCCUAUACCCACCCAAGUUCUCAGGUGUUUGUGAUUCGCUACGACGACCCCUUUAUUACCUCACCCACGUAAAUGUUUAUGGAUGUGUUUUUAUUUACUUCUUCUUUUUUUAUUUUAAUCUUGCCUAAUAUUUGAAAGGAGGUAUCGUUGUGCUCCUAGUGAAAUGAAAGAGAGACAUGUGUUUGCGUGCGUAAGUGAAAUUCUUGUAGGCCAAUAUAGCAAUCAACCUUUACCCUGCAAAACUGGCUUAAUUCACUGCCCAUCAACUGAAAAAUGUGUCGGUCUCGUAUGACCUCUAUCUUUAUAAUCGUGUUCCGCCAUAAAAACCGUCCGAUUAUCACCUUUCAACGUUCCGUUUUGCGUUUUUAACACGUUUUGCGUUGGGUUGGCUUUUCUUCAUUUAAAAAAAAAAAACGAGACCAUCAAAAAAAAAAAAAAAUUCCAUAUGGAUCCGGAGCAACGUAAGCGCAAAGUGACGGUGAUUCACCAUUCGAUGAUGUUGGCCAACAACAAGAAUCGUGGGCGGCGCUUCAGCGCGCCCAGUAAAAUACGGCUCGGUGUUCAACGUUUAAACAGUUUUGACGUUGAAAAUGGAGGACAACCAGGUGCUGGUGGCAUUGCGAGUGGCGGACGAAGCCGUAGCCCAUUGGCCGGCAAUGACGGCGCCGUCUCACCGUCGGGAACGGCUCUUGUUUUGCAGAAUAUGCCUCAACGUCGCGAAUCAUUUCUCUACCGCGAGGAAGACAUGUCGCCUAAAUCCAUGUCACGAAAUUCAUCGCUAGCUUCAGAAGGGCACGGAGAGGACUUGAUCGUCACGCCCUUUGCGCAGAUAUUGGCCAGCCUACGUAGCGUUCGUAAUAAUUACAUCUGCUUGACGAGCAUUCCCAUCAAUCGAUCGAGACGUUCGUCGCAGUCGACGGGAGUUUCAACUCCUCAGCCCAAGAAUCUUACGCCGGGAGGUGAGUUUCAAAAAAAUGAAACGUACAGCCGGCUGGCGGUGGAGACGCUCGAAGAAUUGGACUGGUGCUUGGACCAGCUGGAGACUAUACAAACGCAUCGUUCCGUCAGCGACAUGGCAUCGAGCAAGUUCAAACGGAUGCUGAACAAAGAGUUGAGCCAUUUUUCCGAAUCCAGCCGGUCGGGCAAUCAGAUCUCCGAAUACAUCUGCUCGACAUUCUUGGAUAAACAGCAAGAGUUGGAUUUACCAUCGCUACGUGUCGAUGAUUCCGAGACGGAAAAGGCUCGUCUAGCUUCUGGUCCGCGAAAGUCCAAGGACGGUGGCAAAGAUGGUUUCACGUUGGCCGGAUCAGGGAUUACUACGUCAUCGUCAUCAUCGUCGGGAACGGUGGCUGCAUUGUCAGCUAAAAGUGGAGCUUCUGCGGCCACGUCACAGUCGUCAAGUCACGUGGGUCGGACCAUGUCACACAUAUCCGGCAUUAAAAGACCGUUGAGUCACUCAAACAGUGUCACCACGUCGGAGAAGGUGGCCAAAUACGGGGUAGACACAGCCAACGAACAUGAACUGGGCAAGUUUCUAGACGAAGUCGACCGCUGGGGUAUUGACAUUUUCAGAAUAGCGGAACUGUCUAGCAAUCGACCAUUGACGGCCGUGACCUAUGCCAUUUUCAAAGAGCGUGGUCUUAUGAACGCCUUUAAGAUACCCGACAAGACUUUAGUUUCUUUCCUGAUGACGCUCGAGGAUAACUACGGCAAGGAAGUCCCAUACCAUAAUCACUUUCAUGCUGCAGAUGUCACUCAGUCCACCCACGUUCUACUUAAUUCUCCGGCGUUGGAGUCGGUGUUUACCAAUUUGGAAAUUAUGGCGGCCAUUUUCGCCGCAACAAUUCACGACGUUGAUCAUCCCGGUCUCACAAAUCAAUUUCUUAUCAAUACGAGUUCCGAAUUGGCUUUGAUGUAUAACGACGAGUCGGUGUUGGAGAAUCAUCACCUGGCCGUGGCGUUCAAGCUAUUACAGAGUCCCGACUGCGACAUUUUUAGCAAUUUAAAUAAGAAACAGCGACAAACACUUCGCAAGAUGGUGAUCGAUAUGGUUUUGGCGACGGAUAUGUCAAAGCAUAUGAGUUUGCUAGCAGAUUUGAAAACCAUGGUGGAAACUAAGAAAGUCGCUGGUUCGGGUGUCCUCCUUUUGGAUAACUACACCGACCGAAUCCAGGUGCUUCAAAACAUGGUGCACUGCGCCGAUUUAAGCAAUCCGACUAAACCGUUGGACAUUUACCGUCGCUGGGUAUCGCUCAUCAUGGAAGAGUUCUUUCAGCAGGGUGAUCGUGAACGUGAACAAGGUUUGGAUGUCAGCCCGAUGUGUGACAGACAGAAUGCAACCAUCGAAAAGUCGCAGGUGGGAUUUAUCGAUUACAUCGUACAUCCUCUAUGGGAAACUUGGGCCGACCUGGUACAUCCGGAUGCUCAGGAUAUACUUGACGGCCUCGAGGAUAAUCGUGAUUGGUACUUUAGCAUGAUACCUCCUUCACCACCGCCAGCUCAGUCAGACAACACUCCUGUCGAUCAGUCAGACGAUACGGGCGAAAACACGGAGACGGGGGAAGCCGAUGACGUCAACAGAAUAGAAAGCGAAGAUGGGCAUUGGCGCUCGAGUAACGCUUUAUCCGUCCCUUCAGAACGUAUCCAGUUCCAAAUCACUCUGGAAGAGGGAGAGAGUGGUAACGAGGAGGAUGACUGAAUGGCUUGAACCGCUGUGAGUUCUAUUCGUCUCCAGGUAGCGCAUCUCUUUGUAACGUCUACAGCUAACACGUACACACCCCAACAAACAGAAAAAAAGCAAAAAAAAAAAAAAAAAAAAAACUACACAAAAAACCAUAAUAAUAAUAAAAAAAAAAAAAAAAAAUAUAAAAAAAUUAUAAAUAAAAAGAAUACACGAAAAAAAGGAAACAAAACAAGUAAACCAAAGACAAAAAAAAAAAAAAAUCAACAUGGAAUUUCCUUGCGGCCAUGGAGAAAACCCGCAAGUGGGAUCACAGUCGGAUGACAUUCUAAAUCAUCCAUACCUUUAACACUCACGUGGAAAUUCAUCAUCAGUUCUAUAAAAAUAUCAUGUUAUUGUACAACCACCUUCCGGAAUGUCGGGGUAGAGCAGACUCUGCUGCUGUGGGUCAAUCGACUUUCGACCACAUCUUCGUACGCUUAAAAACUCAAGUGAUGGCGUUUCUUCUUUUAAGAUACUAUUGCUGACUUUAUAUUAUAUUGACUGUAUUUUUAAAGUGAAAACAAUUCAUCAAAAGUGUUUCCCUAUUUGUAGAGCGAGGAGACAAGCGAGAGAAAAAAAAGAUCCUUAUUAUUCCCGUGCAUUAGUUUUUGAUUAACAGCGUCGAUACGAUUUUUUUCGCUAUUGAUUGGGUUUAACUCGAGAUGAUUUUUAAAUAUUUAUCUUAAGUUAGAAAGAAAUCUAAAAAUCAAAUGAAAUUAUUUGUGACGUACACAGUUUAUAAUAUAUCCACAUUCUCUUCUACCCUAGUCCUCACAAAAAAACAGCUGGUACUGUUCGACCUGGGAAAGAGAGGGGAUUAUUAAAAGGCAUUUAGAACACUUUUAGAAGAACUAACAGACAAAACAAAUGUCUCAAUGCUAUUCACAUUACACAGUGCUUAUUCCCGUUGCAAACUCUCCUUUUGUGUACGAGAGGAAUUAUGAAAUCAAUCGGGUGCCAAUAAUUGAAAGCCGGCUACAACUACAUCGGUCCUUAUCUCAUUUCGAUAUACACUCUGAGCAAUUAUCAUUGGCCAUUGCCAAAAUUUUACAUUAUAUUACAUUUAAAAGACCCGGUUGUUAUUCUACACUAUUUUUGUUAUAACUGUUUUUGUUUCUUCGGGUUAUCACGUUUUUCUCCUCACGAUGAUGCAGCUUUACACCAUCCUGCCACGAUACACGUAUGUGUACUAUGCUAUACCGUACACAAGAUUUGGAUUUUUCAGGUCCCAUUUUUUUGUGAGGUUUUUUUUUUUUAUUCGUUUCUGUUUUCUCGUAAUAAAAGAAGUGGAUAUUUGUACAGUGUAUGCACAGUUGAGAUUACCUGUUGGUGGGCAACAAGAAAUUGAUGUUAUUCUCUGUCAGUUCUGUUCAUCUGGUAUUUUGCCAUGAUAUAGUAUAGGUAUUUCUCUAUUUCACAUGUAUCAGCCAUUAGGUUUUUGAUGACAACAAAAAAGCCCUCUCUGCCAUGCAAAAGUAAAUUGGUUAUCGAGAGAAAAUUCAUGCACUCACAUAUGAACUGUACGUUCGUGUACAUUAUUAUUAUUAUACACACUAUUAUAAUGUCAUCAAUCUAUAGUUUCGUGUAUAUAUUACGGUAUUGCGAUUGUAUCAUACAAGGAUCUUUGUGCCGUUGUAAAUGCUGGUUGUGUACUUGUCUGUAAAAGUGUAUAAUCUACAUCGGUUCAUCACCUCAAGCCAUAACUAAAUUUCCAUCACUAGCAAUUUCUAUUACCAAAUAUAUCAGAUCCCUGAAAUUCAGCGAGUUAUUGGAAUAUGGAAAAUUUUAGUUCUUGCUUAGUUUCAGUUUGAUCUUCCUUUCAGUUGUACUACCGUUAGUUUACAAUUUAAAAACCAAAACAAGUUCCAUCUUUUGCACAUUUUUCAACUCGUUUCAAAAAUCAACAAAAAGACUUAAAGAACAAAAACAGACAAACGUCAAACGUGCAUGUAAGCUCCUUUAUAACCUAAUAUCUACCACGAGAUAUCAUAAAAGUUGAUAUGUAUAUUUAAGUGAUACAUUUCUCAAAUACACACAAAUGCAGAGGUU